AUGAGGACAAGCCUGCUGUGGUACUACAGACCGCUUUGUGGCCGUUUCAAAGAGGCUGCAGAUGAGGCUGGCUUUGACCCGAGGCUCGCCGGUGGUCGGAUUUCCGGCGUUGGGGCGCUGGUGCUAGGUCGCGGUGCGGCGCUACGGACCGAUAUCUGGGUCACGAACUGCCGCCAUAGUUUCCGCAGCGACGGGAGAGCGAUUGCACAACCUGAUAGCCUGCGCAAUAAGCUGGAGCUAUUGAGCGACCCUGAUGCUACGUACGUUGAAGCAAAGGAUCCCAGUGCAGGAUUGGCUUGCCAAGGCGAGGUGUCUGAGUUGUGA